ACAUAUAUCAACUGGUCCACCACCACCCCGUAACUCAUGCCUUAAUGAAACACUUUACUUCAAACACCAACCCUUUCAACUCUACAAAUCCCUUCUCUCCCUUAUUUGACACACUUCACUUCAAUGGCAACACUAAUCACUCAUUUGCUUUCUUGUAUCUUGUUGUUCAGCUUCUUUCACUGCACAUUGUGUCUUCUUAACCCUGAAGAUGAGGUUGGCUUUCUAGUUGAACCUGAUGGUUUUAACAUGGUUCAAAGGAAUAGAGAUUCUAGCAAGAUAUGUGACUUUUCAGUUGGGAAAUGGGUUUAUGAUGAAUCUUACCCUCUUUAUGAUCCUAACUGUCCUUAUCUCAGUACUGCAGUUACUUGUCAAAAGAAUGGUAGGCCAGAUUCUGAUUAUGAGAAGUGGAAAUGGAAGCCAAAUGGUUGUUCCAUCCCAAGAUUUGAUGCACUAAGGUUUCUUGGAAAAAUGAGAAGGAAGAGAAUAAUGUUGGUAGGUGAUUCAAUAAUGAGAAAUCAGUGGGAAUCUUUAGUAUGUUUAGUGCAAGGUGUAAUACCAACUGGUAGAAAAAGGGUGACUUAUAAUGGACCUGCAAUGGCCUUCCAUGCUAUGGAUUUUGAGACAUCGAUUGAGUUUUUCUGGGCACCACUGUUAGUAGAACUGAAGAAAAGUCCAGAAAACAAGAGAGUUUUACAUUUGGAUUUGAUUGAAGAAAAUGCAAAGUCUUGGAGAGGAGUUGAUAUCCUUGUAUUUGAUUCAGCUAAUUGGUGGACUCGCUCUGAUAAAACAAGCUCGUGGGAUUACUACAUGGUGGGCAAUAAUCUGAUAAAAAACAUGAAUCCUAUGGUUGCUUAUCAGAAAGGACUCAGUACAUGGGCAAGGUGGGUGGAUCUAAAUCUAGACCCUCAAAAAACCAAGGUCAUUUUCAGAAGUAUGUCACCUCGGCAUAACAGAGAAAAUGGUUGGAAAUGCUACAAUCAGAAACAGCCUAUACCGUUUCUCAGCCUUCAACAACAAGCUCCUGAACCUUUGGUUGUGCUCCAAGGAGUGCUGAAGAAAAUGAGGUUUCCAAUAUACCUGCAAGAUAUUACGACGAUGACUGUCUUACGCAGAGAUGGACAUCCUUCAGUGUAUAGGAAGGCAACACACCAAGACGAGAAACAAAAACAAGGAAUAGGCCAUUCCUCUGAUUGCAGUCAUUGGUGUCUCCCUGGUGUGCCUGAUAUUUGGAAUGAGAUGUUGAGUGUACUACUUUGAGUGUAGUAGAAUGUAACGUUAAUAUGUUUUGGUUCCUAUACUCGCUUUUUAGUUCUUAAAUCACAAAACCGCAUGCUAUUAGUCUUUUUUAGCUUACUAGUACCUGUUGAGUUUGCAUUUUCCUCUUUCAUUGUGAUUCCAUCUAUUCCCAUAUGUGGUAAGUUACUUGUUUGCAAACAUUAUUUUAUCAUUUUCAGUAACUAUCUUCUGCAAAUUUAUUUUUGGCGAGUUGAAGAAUGUGCGGUUGGGAAAGACA